GAAACUUUCAAAAACCGACUUCUUUAAAGGCCUUUUCAAUCUCCCAAAUCUUCAUCAAACCCUAAUCAAUCAGUCAAUGGCGGCCUCAUCUUCUCUGUCCUCUGAUUCCUCCUCCUCUUCCCGCAACCGUCGUCGGCACCGCAAUCGUCGGGACAGAGAUUCUCUCAAGAUCCGAAAAAAGAGUAGCAGCAACCAUAAAUCCCAGUCCAAACGCCGCCGUAAACACCACCACCGCCACUCAUCUUCCUCCGAUUCUUACGAUUCCUCUUCAGAUUCUUACUCCAGUUCUGAUAGUGAGCACGAGACAUCUAGUCGUUCGAAGAAGCACAAAAAGAAUGACAGAUCGAAGAAGAACAAAGAAAAGGAUCGAAGUAAGAGUCAUCACCAUAAACGUCAGAAGCAAAAAGUUAAAGAGCAGCAGGACGAGAGGAAUAGCAGCCCUGUACAGCUUUCUAAGUUUCUAGGGCGUGAUAAAGAGGAUGGUGUGCGUCGUAGCGCUGUUUCUGGUAAAAAGAUUUUAUUGAAACUUGAGAAAUCAAAGGAGGACAAGGCGGCAGAAAAUAAAAGGAACGAAUUGUUGAAAUUUCUAAAUGCCAGUUGUGAUUGAUGUUUCGGAGUUUGGGGUCAAGUACACAAAGCCACUAAACAAAUGGAGGAAUUCCCCUAGGAGGGCAGUCUACUACAAGAUCGUUGGGGACAAGGUAUUCUAAUGGAGGUGCAUUACAGGUUAUCCACCAUGGAUUUGCUUUUACCAUUGAAAGUGUAAAACACUGUUAAAUUGAUCUCUUGAGCCGGUGUGGCUCUGACAGUGAGGAUCCUGAUUGUGGGUCUAGUGAUGUAUCAGGUGUAUCAGGUCUGGUAUUCCUGUAAACGUUGUUUUCUUUAUUUAGAUUUAAGAUUUUUGAUUA